CGGUCAUAUACAAGUCGCGUUCUUUGAUCGUCGCGGGACUGCUUUCAAACCUUUAGACACACCAUGAGCCAUCGAAGACCGUCCGUUUUCGGGUCCCUUUUCGGCUCCAAGUCGUUCAAAGAAGUUACCAAUGCCGCCAAACAAGUCUCCCCACUCGUCAAAACCGUGCAGGCGGUGGAAGGCAUCUUCCAGGCUGGGGAGCUGAUGUACAACGCCAACGAAACCGCUGGCAACCUGAACGAAUUUAUACCCAAGGCGUCAAAGAUUGUAGACCGCCUCGAGGCAUUUGUUCCCUCUAUUCAGAUUAUGGGUCGCUCAUUUUGUGAUACGGUCAAAAUCUUCAGUACCUUCAAUACCAUCGCCACCACGGUGGGCAUUGGCGCAAACGUGGUUCUGACCUACCAGGGUGUCCAAGCUCUGCAUCUCAUCGCGGCACAAUUGAAGGAAGUUUCUACAGCGCUAGCUGCGCAGACAGCACUACUGGCACAAAAGGACUUCCCGCAAUAUGUGUACGAUUUGAUCCGUGAGAGGCUGGGACAAACCUCCGAUGAUCUGAAUUACGAACAUUGGUUCUUCGUUUACCAUCCAGAUAACGACUGGUAUCCCAAAUUCUACCACCUACUCGAGGCAAAGCCUUUAGGACCUGCCUUCUGCGGCUACACGAAUCAGAUCGACACCGCGUUCAGCUUCAUGAUAGCAGCGCGACAAUACGCCAACACAGAGAGGGAUCGACGAGCGAAGAAACAGGGACGGAGAGUGCGUCCUGUGAUGCUCCAUCUUCUUGUCCCGGCUUAUCAGCCCAUUGUCAUCGCCGAAGCGCUCAAGAUCCCGGAAGAGAUCGGCGAUUUUACCAUAGAAGGAAGGGUGAACAGCAAUAAACCCUUUGUGUGGAUGAACUUGCCCGAGGAUCAAAGGAAUUAUGUUGUGGACGUUGGCCAGUGGAUUCCUCCCACGCCAGGCUGGUGGGAGUUCGCGAUGUCGAAACUGGGGCUGGCGGAGCAGCCUCUUCAGCUGAAGGAAGCGAGGAUACUGGGACAAAGUCAGCAUCCGGUUGAACAGCUAUUAGAGGACACCUCUACAGAGCAGAUCGAAGCAGAGAACCAGGGAAGUCUUGAAACGAAAGACGCCCUAGAAGCUCCAGAUCAUGGCAAAGAUGGUGCUCAGCGCCGGAGGAAUGCCACUCCUCUACAUCAGCGGCGCCGAAAACACACUAAGAAGUAGAGAUGAUGGCAUUACUCGAAGAAAUGGCAACGCCGGUAUCAGUCAGGGAAGUAAUUCACGGGAAAUCGUCGCCCCAUCGCCGGGACCACCACUCACAAGCGAUAAACUCGGGUACCCACAAACUGGUACUUAUUGUCGAAAGCCUUGAUCGAUUAGGAGCAAUGUUGAGGCAGAGUCUAUGGCGGUCGCUUGAACCAGGACAAGACACGGAUAAUCCCAAUCGGAUCCCACGUUACGCAGGCUCAACCAACCCAGCAGUCUCCUUCUACCUUCGAACGACUAUUUGAUAUCACUUUUUACAUGAGA